CCGACGGCAUCAGACACUUUUUCAUUCUUUUGAUCACACAUUAUUGAGAAUAUCUUGAGGUUUGUUGGUUUUCUCGUCACAGGAAGUGACGUAAGCCUUCCCAGCUGAGCACAGGAAGUGGACGCUGGCGGGAAGGUUUGUCAACAUUACGAAAGCAGAAGACUUGCCGCGGUGUUUUGAGGUGCUCACGCGGAAAACAAAACAUAAAUAUACGAACAGUAAUGCUGCGAGAAUCCCGAGCAACCUAACCUGAAAAACCCUACAGCCAUUUGUUGUCGUCAACGUCGCUAGAAAACGCAGAAUGAAGUCAAAGGUGGAUCAAAUCAUCUUGCUUUCAGAGGGAGACACGACAACAGACCUUCAAAAGUAUCUAGCCGCUCUAAACGAUGAAAAGCUAACCACUGAGAUAACCAACUGCGCACUGGCCGGCACAAGGAUCAGUGCUUUGAUCAAAAGCAUAUUUAAAGGUUCUCCCAACAGUUCAGCUGAAGGGUCACACCGCAGGCUGCAUGUCUAUCAACUCUGCAUCUCCCUGUGUGAGUCUGGUGACCUGAAGUCUGAGGUCGCUGCCGACAUCAUCGGUCUGCUGAUGCUUGAGACUCAUACACUGUCAGGUCCGUCACUGGCACAACUGGCCUCUGAUUUUGCGGAGGCCAUUAAGGUCGGAAAGGUCAGCAGUGGCAAAUCUUUGGAGCUGUUUCCCACAGUUCUCACUGCCCUGGCAGCGUGUGAUGCGUUGGCGUACGGCAAAGGAGAACUUAGUGGUGAGGAAUACAAAAAGCAGCUCAUCAACAGUCUGUGUUCCAGCAGAUGGGAUCCAAAGUGUGUUAUCCACCUGACGACAAUGUUCAGGGAUGUACCUCUUUCAACCGAGGAGCUGCUGUUCCUUGUGGAGAAAGUCGUGCGCAUGUUCAGCAAGCUGGAUCUUCAGGAGAUUCCACCUCUGGUUUAUCAGCUACUGCUCCUAUCUGCAAAGGGUUGUAAGAAGCAAGUUCUGGAUGGCAUCAUUGGUUAUUUUAAAGAGCAGGACCUUGACCAGAAAGAAGAGCAAAAACAUGGCGAGAACAUGGAUUUAGAAGUUCAGUCUGUUCCUCGGGAUCAGUUACGGCACGUGGAAGGCACCUGCAUUCUUCAUGUCGUCUUUGCAAUACGACUCGACCAUGAACUUGGCAGAGAGUUCCUCAAAAGCUUUAAGACUUCGUACGGAGACCUCUGCCCCUUCAGCGUUGCCCUUCUCUUGUCUGUGGCUCGUAUACAGCGCUAUGAAGAACAGGUGUUCGAACUCCUGAAGGGCGCCAUCAUUAAGAGUCUUAAAGAUGAACAGUUGCUGCAUGGCUCAAGGUUCCUGCAGGACCUUCUGUCUGGACACUGCAGCAUUGGACAAAUGAUCCUGGACACAGUGAGGAACAGUGUGUUCGGAUGGGACCAUGUGACCCAAGGUUUGGUGCAGCUCGGGUUCUUCCUGAUGGACACGUUUGGACCCAAACCUGGUCCAUUUGGCAAAACCACCGAUGGCUCCGCUACAGUGGCCAGGACUCCUGCUCAACUCGCUUGUAAACUCGGGGGUCAGGUGCUACUCGAGGGGUUUAAGAUGCAUGACGCAAUCCGAGGAGAGAUACUGGAGCAAGUUCUGAAUCGACUGGUUACGAAAACGGCUUCACCUGUCAACCAUUUUGUCGAUCUUUUCUCAAGCAUCGUGAUCUUCCGUCCCAUGGUCCUCCUGGCGUCAUCCUCAAAGUUGACUGAAACGUUUGAUCACCUGUCGUACCUGCCUCUGGCCACAGUGCAAGGUCUUCUGAAAGCAGUUCAGCCCCUGCUCAAGGUCAGCAUGUCCUUAAAGGACUCGUUGAUCCUAGUUCUGCGUAAGGCCAUGUUUUCCAGUCAACUGGAUGGAAGGAAGUCAGCUGUUACCGGCUUUUUGCUGCUGCUAAAGAACUUCAAAGUUUUAGGGAGCUUGGCUUCCAGUCAGUGUAGCCAACCCAUCUCCUCCAGCCAGGUCCAAGUGGACGUUCAUUCACGCUACAACUCGGCUGCCAAUGAAGCCUUCUGCCUGGAGAUCCUCAGCAGUCUGCGCCGCUGCCUGGGCCAGCAGGCGGACGUCCGCCUCAUGCUCUACGAGGGAUUCUACGAUGUUCUCCGUCGCAACUCUCAACUGGCCGGCUCCAUCAUGCAGACCCUUUUUUCUCAGCUGAAGCGAUACUACGAACCAGAACAAGAUCUACUGCCUCCUCUGAAGCUAGAACACUGCAUCACUGCACGCGGAGAUCAAGUCUACCUGCAAGAGCCUUUGGCACAUCUGAUGAGCUGCACCAUGCACUGCCUGCUGUGGCUUCAAAACAUGCACAGAUCGGUCCACACUACUGACAGUGAGGAUGAGGAUGAGGAGGAAGGUUACCAGUCUGAACUGCAAACCAUACUGGAGAGCGUGGCCAGGCGCAUGAUCAAGUGUGAACUGGAGGAUUUUGAGCUUGACAAGUCAGCAGAGUUCUCCAUGGGAUCUGGGGUUGGAGUGAAGAAUAACAUUUAUGCGGUGCUGGUGAUGGGCAUCUACGAAGUCCUGAUGGAGUAUACAUUUGUGAAGGGCAAUUACGGUAAGACCCAGUUUGAGGAGGUUCUGGAACUCUUCAACCGCUACCACAAGCUGGCCGAGAUCCUGAAGGAGAAGUCGGGGAAAGGUCGGGCACCUUCCAACAAGACGCCGCGUAGUUUGCUCUCCAUGGGCUUCACCUCCAGUCUGCUCACCGCACUCUUCAGGGACAGUGCCCAAAGCAGGGAGGAGGCCCUCUCAGUGCUGCGCUCUAGUGGAGAGUUUGUUCGCUACGCGGUCAACGUUGCCGUUCAGAAGAUCCAGCAACUUGAAGAAAGUGGCAGCACAGAUGGCCCUGAUGGACAGAAUGUGGACAAGACCUUCCGCUUCCUUUGUGACAUGACAAGUGUGCUGAUGUGGCGCUACACCAACAUCCCAAGCGCAGUGGAAGAUUCCGGAAAGAAGGAGAAGAGGUCCACGCUGUCUCUUCUUUGUCUGGAAGGCCUGCUGAGGAUCUUCAGCGCCUGUCAGCAGCGCUAUCCAGAGAAGAUGGCCCAGCUGUUGUCUGCCAUGGAAAUUUCAGACGACGACUCAGAGCCUGAUGAUGGCGACGCGACAGAGAUCAACUUCUUUUACAUUCGACAGUUUCAGAGGGCGCUGUUUAACCAGCUCAGCAAAGAAGAGGAGGACUUCAACACCAAAGAGGCCCAGCUGCUGGUGAACAUCUUAAGCGUGCUCUCUCUUCAGCUGAAGCCGACGUCUGAGCAGUUUGUUCAGAUGAUCACGUGGACCGUGAAGAUCUGUAAGGAGACCAGUUUUGAGGACUCGGCCUUCUCCAAGGGUCUGCUUUCCCUGCUCUUCAACCUUCACGCUCUUUUUAAGAGUCCGGUGAGUUUGCUGGUGGAGCUCAGCCAGGACAUCCACAGUCAUCUGGGAGACAUCGAUGAGGACGUGGAGGUGGAAAAACAGUCCCACUUUGCUCUUGUCAACAUGAAGACGGCAACUACAGCAACGCUGCUGGUGCUCUCUCAGGUUGACAAGGUGCUGGACGAGGUGGACUGGCUCGUGGCUCGCAAAAAGAACCAGACGGCCGCAGACAAGUCUCCUUCCAAAGACACGACACAGGCUCAGCAGGAUCCAGUGGAGAAGGCGGUGACGCUGCAGCUGGGGACUCUGCUGACGGCGCUGAACGAGCUGGUCCAGACUGCCCUGCUCCUUGGACCCAGCACCGUCACCCUGCUCCGAGUCCUGAGCCGCACCUACACCACGCUCACCACGCUGGUCAAAUAUUACAUUCAGGUGUGCAGCCAGAACAUGACGCUACCUUCACGCUUCGAGAAGUUGGUGAAACUCUCCGGGUCCCACCUGACGCCACAGUGCUACUCUUUCAUCACAUACGUCCAGAAUGGAGAGAUGUCCGCUGGAGGUGCAGAUGACAAGAAGAAGAAGAAGAAAAAUGAAGUCAACCCAGUGGCUUCUGCUAAACUCCUGCGGGAGACGAAGGCAAUCCCCAAUUUGAUCUUCAGUAUCGAGCAGUAUGAGAAGUAUCUGAUCGCGCUGUCCAAGAAGUCGAAGGUGAACCUGAUGCAGUACAUGAAACUAAGCACCUCCAGAGACUUCCGCAUCAACGCAGCCACGCUGGACGCAGCUCUGCAGGAGCAGGACCAGAGUCAGGAGGCCGCAGAGUCGCAGGAGGUGGAUGAAACCCAAGAACCCAAGCAGAAGAAAAGGAAACAAGCAAAAGCCUAGAGGUCGUGUGUGUGCUACCGUCCUUUACUCAAGGAACCUUUGGUGAUGUCCAUGAUUUGGUAGAUGUCCAGGGCUUCACCUGCAAGAGGACACCUUUGUUGAAACCAAAUAGACUGCAGUCGCUACUGAGUCACAUGUCAUAUGGUGAAGAGGAAUGUGGGUCUGCUGUUCAACUACGCUCGUGUUAGAUUGUGGCUGCUGUUUUCUGCUCAAGGUUCAAAUUCAGUGAGUUAUUCUAGCGUGACUUCAUUGAAAGACUCCUUUGCUUUAGGACACUGUUCAAACGUUCCCACUUCAGGUUGCUCUAUGACCGUUAUAUGCUGUAUGACCUGCUGUCUACUGUCUUUCCUGAAACGUGGUUCCACGUGCGUCCACUAGAUGGCUCUAUUGACUCUUUGCUACAGUUGUUUUUUUCACUUCCAUCUGUCUUUUGCUCAACAACAUAUUCCUGUUUUUCUUUUCUCACAAUGUUCAUAUUAUAUUCUUUAUUUCAAAACUAAAAGCUCGAUUUCUCCAGCAGUUUCCUCCAGAGUUUCAAACGUGCUCGCACCCCCUGCUGGCUACAUGUCGCACUGCUUUGAACUGGACUCACCAGGAGCGAGGCCAAAUCUUCUCUCCAGUCCUGCUGGAUUUGAAGGAGUCACACAGUCCAUGUUGACCUCCUUCCUCAGACACUGGUCGAUGUCAACCGCGCUGAAGAAAGCCACCGACUGCGGAAGGUCCUGCAUCCCUAACGCAUGUGCGAACAUGCACCUGCAGGGACAACAGAGUUCAGCACUGGUUCUUAGGUUCCAUGUUUUAAAAAAUCCAGCGACGGACCGGGUGAGGAGGUUGGUGAUUUGAAGAGCCAAGGCCGCCCGGUAUCUGUCCUCGCUGCGGACCAGGUACCGGACCUCGUCGUGGAUGCUGAUGCAGAAGCGUCCGUCGAUGUCGUGCUCCUCAAACAGCCACCUCAUGGCCACCAGCAUGAGGUGGAGAUAGUCCACCGCUGAACUCUGAACCACCCAGUUGACCCUGCUGGUGAUGAACUGACAGACGACAAUAAUUCAAGAUGGUACAUUCUAGACUUUCCAGAGAGCAAGACUGGAUGAAACUGUGAGAAACUAGUCCUCUAAUGACAUUCCUGGAGGUUCACCUCAUCUUUGACUGCGCUUGGCUCCAGGGCUCUGCUGAUCCGGCAGCCCAGGACCGGAGUGGCCGGCUGCUCCGAGUGAGCGAUGCUCUCCAGUUUGUUGAACAUGUCGGACUCUGUGCCUCCAUACCACACACGCUUUCCCGCAAUCUCCCACCGUCUCCUUCGAGAACUUCAAGGACAGAGGAAAAGAUCAGCUGCAAACUCCCACACAUGGAUCUACAGAUCCUGGUAGCUGCACCUCUGAGCAGCAAGUCGACUGAUCCUCCUCAGCUCCUGCAGGGACACACUUCCAUCCUGCUCCCUUUCCACAUCUAUGUCCAGCUCCUUCACCAGCCACUCGCCUUCCUCUGACAAGUGAUACCUGAUGUUUGAGUGGAACAUCAUGAGAACUGAGGUCCCUCAAGGGUGGAUCAUUGGCCCAUCAUUGCUCUCCAUACCUGCGAAUCCCCUUGGUGAGAGCGUACAUCUGCCGGGCUUUGCUGGCCGCUUCAGCCUGACCCAGGCGAUGGUUGAACUGCAUGAGCAGUCGCUCAGCGAACGGCUGCCCGGCUCCGUAGAUGCGGCCAUAGUUGAAGACUUUGGCAUGUUCUCGGCUGAUGCCCACGGCGUCUGCGGUGCGGCUAUGCAAGUCAGUGCCUUGACUCUUCUUGCCCUGGAGGGUCAUCCAUCCAAACGCUGUGCAGCCUGAGGCGAAUCGACACUGAAAAUCGAGUCGUAACAUCCUCCUGACUAAUGGUGGUCUCACCAUGUAUCCCUGCGAAGUGAGCCUCUCCCAGCACCGCUGCGAUCCACAGCUCUUGAGAGUCCACGUCGGCGCCGACCAGGUGAUACCCGGGUGGCACCUGCACCAUGGCCUUCAGCUCACUGCCCACUCGGUCACGCUGGUGACACAAAACACUUUGUAACUGCUGACGCCGAGUGGCGAGACCAGAGAAACCUGAGUGGUUACUCGUGCGUUGCUGGCUGUCAGCCAUGUUGGCUCCACUGCCCGACGAGUG